AUGGUUAAGUUGGUCAUUGGGGGGUUUACACUGCAUGUGUGUACUGUUUAUGCACCCCAGGUGGGCUUGGAUAAGAAGGUGAAGGCGAGAUUUUGGGAGGCUUUGAACGAGGUAUUGAAAAGCGUGCCUAGCUCAGAGAAGAUUGUUAUAGCGGGGGACUUCAAUGGGCACAUUGGGGCGUGUCUGGGAGGUUAUAAUAAUGUGCAUGGAGGUUUUGGUUUCAGCGAUAGAAAUGGUGAGGGGGUUGCCCUGUUGGACUUUGCAAGGGUUUUUAGGCUGGUGGUUAUGAACUCGAGCUUUCUGAAGAAGGAGGAUCAUCUGAUUGCCUUCCGAAGUGCUUUAUCCAAGACUCAGAUUGACUUUCUGCUGCUUAGGAAGAGGGAUAAAGUUCUAUGUAAAGGUUGUAAAGUCAUUCCGAGUGAGCAUCUUUCAACUCAGCACAGGCUUCUGGUGAUGGACUUAUUUAUCAAGAAGAUCAGGAAGAGUAGGGUCGGAGAGGGUCAACUUAGAAUUAAGUGA